AUGAGUGUAGCCAAGCCAGGUGGCGCAGCCCCGCCACCCGCCGCACCACCAGCAGCAGCCGCCCCGCCCGGCACCAAUGCUCCGGCCAAACCAGCGGGAGCAUCGGCCGCGCCCGCUCCGGGCACACGUGUUAUGACAAAACCGCCGGCGCCAGGAGCACCAGCUGCACCGGGAACACCAGCGGCACCAGCGCCCGGAACUAGCGUUAUGAGCAAGCCUGGCGCGCCACCAGCAGGAGCACCAGCACCAGGAACUAGUGUCAUGGCAAAACCGGCGGCACCAGGAGCACCAGCCCCGGGAACUAGCGUUAUGGCAAAACCAGCUGGGGCACCAGCCGCACCAGGCACAAGUGUUACGGGAAAACCGGCCGGAGCUCCAGCAGCACCACUUACACCAGCCCCAGGAUUAAAGCCUGGAGCCCCACCAGCAGCUGCGCCAGCCCCCGGAACCAGCGUUAUGGGAAAACCAGCGGGCGCACCACUAACUCCAGUCCCAGCUGCUAAGCCAAGAGCACCGCCACCUCCAGCCGCUAAGCCAGGAGCACCAGCUCCCGCUACAAAUGUUAUGGGUAAACCGGCAGCACCAGGAGCACCACUAGCUGCUGCUCCAGCACCAGGCACCAGUGUUAUGGCAAAACCAAUCGCACCAGCUCCAGGUACUAGUGUGAUGGCAAAACCGGCUGCACCAGGAGCGCCAGCCCCAGGUACUAGUGUGAUGGCAAAACCAGGAGCACCAGCUCCAGGCACCAGUGUAAUGGCGAAACCAGCUGCACCACUUCCAGGCCAAAGCGUUAUGGCAAAGCCGGGAGUUGCGCCAGGAACUAAUGUUAUGGUCAAGCCAAUGCCAGGUCAAAGCGUAAUGGCCAAACCUGGUGGAGCUCUAGAACAAAGUGUGAUGGCAGCAGCACCAAGUGUCAUGGUGGCACCAGGCAUGGGUGGCAAAGGGGCUAUGUCAGUUUAUGUUGGAGCAACGGCUGGCAGUGGUAAGUGUUACUUAAAAUUUUGAAAAAUGAUUGAAAUUUUAAUUUUUAAAAUUAAAAAUUUUUUGAAAUUAAUAUUUUUUUAAUUUCAGGAGCUGGGCCAACCUCAUGUUUCAUAAGCCCAGGUGCGGGUGGUGCAGGUGGCGCUGCAGGACAACCAGGAGCGGGUGCAGCAGGAGCAAGUGUAAUGGGAGCCCCAGCAGGAGCAGCCGGAGGAGCAGGUGGAUCAGGCAACGUACCCCCAGGCACUUCAGUCUUUCUGGGAGUGGCUGGCACUGGUACCGGUCCCACGUCGGUCUACGCCCAAAACAACCCGAUGGGCGGUGGAUUGGUACCAGUUGGACAAGGUGGUGGAACUAGUGUAAUGGGAGCAGCUGGAGGAGCAGGUGGCCCAGGUGGAGCCGGAGGUCCAGGUGGAGCAGGCAGCGUACCACCAGGAACCUCAGUCUUCAUGGGUGUAGCCGGUACUGGCACUUCACCAAUGUCAAUGUAUGUCAACAACCAACCGAUGGGCGGUGGCGCGGGACCCAUGCCAGGCGGUGGACAAAGUGUCAUGACACCAGCGGCAGGACAAAGCACCAUGACUUCUGUCCCGACUCCAGGCCAGAGCACGAUGACUUCAGUCCCGACUCCUGGUCAGAGCACGAUGACUUCUGUCCCGACUCCUGGCCAGAGCACCAUGACUUCGGUCCCGACCCCGGGCCAGAGCACUAUGACAUCGGUUCCGACCCCCGGUCAGAGCACUAUGACUUCGGUACCAACUCCAGGACAAAGCACCAUGACUUCGGUUCCGGCUCCGGAGGAACAAAAGCCACCACCAGCGGCAGCAGCGAGUAUGGUUUUAUAACUCUUUGAUGUUGUAGUAGGUAUAUGGGUCAAAAGGGGUGAUUUUAUGUCAUUUUACGACAUUUUUUCGAAAAAAAAAUUUUAGAAAAAAAUUUUGAAAUUUUGAAUUUUUUUACUAACCAUCCCAUUUCUAACCUCCAGACGAUCAGAAAGAAGAAGACGACGACAAGGAAAAGGAAGGCGAAGACAAGAAGGAGGACGAUGAUAAGGACGAUGACAAAGACAAGGAGCCAGGCCAGAAGACGGCGCGCGGUCGCGGCAAUGUGUGUGAAAUGAACGAAAUGACCAAGGGACAGACCAAGAAUCUGAAAUUCGAACCGGAAAAAAUGGUAUUCAAUCGUGAGUUACAGAUUGAAAAGGUCGAAAAUCCAAAAAAGUUCGAUUCCGCUUGGGGACAAGGGGGUUUUUGGGGGUUGUUGGCGUUUUUAUUAAUGUUUGUACGAAAUUUGGUUGUUAUAAGGUAAAAUAAGUUGUUUCUGAAUGAGACUAGUGUAUUUUGAAAUUUAAAAAAAAUUUAAAAAAAAUGAAAAAAAUUUAAAUUUUGCUUGAAAAGUGGUUCAAAAUUUCAUUUUUGGACUUUUUUUUCAAUUUUUUUAUUUUCAAAACCUGCCAAAUUGAAAAAACGAAAAAUAUAUGAAGAAUAUACCACAAUAGCUUUGCUAUCCCUCAUUCAUCCCCCUUCAGACCCAUACGACAAGCAGCAAAUCGUCGAGUUCAAAGUGACCAACAUGCAAGACGAGGUGGCCCAUUUCAAGGUCCUCACCACAUUCCCUCAACACUACCGGAUCAAAGGCAAACAACAGUCGUUGAAUGUCGGCGAAUCCACAACGGUAGCGGUGCGAUUGGAAGCACUAACGGAUCCGGCGUCCGUGGCCAAGGAACGGCAUCGUGUCAUUGUUCAGUCGGCCACCUCGAAGGAGCCGAUCCCAUUGACCGAGAAGUUUUGGAGAGAGGCGGACGAAAUCAAGAACAAGGUCCAGUUCAUGUACCUCAAAGUGGUGGGUUUUGUGUUGAAAAUUUUAAAAAUUCAAAAAUUUUGAAUUUUCUCAAUUUUUGAUAUUACCCUACCCUAACUCCUUCAGAGAAUCCUGUUAGAAGGCGAAAAGGACGAUGGUUCCGCACCAGACGACGACUUUGAAGCCCAAGAUGACCAGAAGCUAGUAGUCGAACCGGAGAAAUACCUGGUAUUCCGCGGCCCAUACAACGAGAUUGUCACCUCGGCCAUUUGCGUCGUGAACAACACGAGCAAAUACAUGUACGUGAAGACACAGCUCACGAACCCGGGCCCGUUCCGCGUUCGACCCAACAUGGUGAUCAUCAAUCCGCACGCUAUGCAGAUUCUGGCCGCUAUGCUCAGGGCCACGAAGGACAUUACCAAGCUGGAGAAGAAGAAGAACAAGUUCAUGAUCCAGUUCGCCGAGUCCGACACCAACGAUGUGGAGUCGGCGGUGUUUUGGAAGGAUUGCGACCGGUUCCAGUCGAUGAAAUUGACCGCUCAGUUCGUGCCAUGA